AUGCUGCAUUUUUCUACGCGUACGGCUGUGCCGCUUUGGUCUGCGCUUGUUAGACGACCGGUUAUACAAACAAUAUAUACUAAGCACUCAUUAAUUCAAUUAACAAAAAGAGGAAUUUCAGAUAAAGCUUUACCUACUGAAGUUUCUUCAAUUUUAGAAGAGAGGAUUCGAGGUCUAUCUACUGAAGCAAAUUUAAGCGAAACAGGACGUGUACUUAGUGUUGGAGAUGGAAUUGCUCGUGUUUAUGGUCUUAAUAAUGUGCAAGCAGAAGAAUUAGUUGAGUUUGCUUCUGGCAUUAAAGGUAUGGCCUUGAAUUUAGAAGCAGAUCAAGUGGGUGUUGUAUUAUUUGGUAAUGAUCGUUUGGUAAAGGAAGGUGAAAUUGUCAAACGAACUGGUGGUAUUGUUGACGUUCCUGUUGGACUUUCAUUACUUGGAAGGGUUGUUGAUGCUCUGGGAAACCCUAUUGAUGGUAAAGGUCCCAUACAAACUAAUGAACGUCAACGUGUUCAAAUGAAAGCUCCUGGUAUUCUUCCUCGACUAUCUGUCAGAGAGCCUAUGCAAACAGGCUUAAAAUGUAUUGAUUCUAUGGUUCCUAUAGGACGCGGUCAACGUGAAUUAAUUAUUGGUGAUCGUCAAACGGGGAAAACAGCUGUUGCUCUUGAUACUAUUCUUAAUCAAAAAGCGUUAAAUAGUGGAAAUGAUGAAUCUAAAAAACUUUAUUGUGUAUAUGUGGCUGUAGGUCAAAAAAGGUCAACUGUUGCCCAGCUUGUAAAAACAUUGGAAGAAAAUGAUGCUUUGAAAUAUUCUAUAGUUGUCGCUGCAACUGCAUCUGAAGCGGCACCUCUUCAGUAUAUUGCUCCAUUUUCUGGAUGUGCUAUGGGAGAAUGGUUCCGUGAUAAUGGACGUCACGCUUUAAUUGUAUAUGAUGAUUUAUCAAAACAAGCUGUUGCUUAUCGUCAGAUGUCUCUUCUUCUUCGCCGUCCUCCUGGAAGAGAAGCCUAUCCUGGAGAUGUGUUUUAUCUUCAUUCUCGACUUUUGGAACGUGCCGCUAAAAUGAAUGAAAAACAUGGAUCAGGGUCUUUGACAGCACUUCCUAUUAUCGAAACACAAGGCGGUGAUGUUUCUGCAUAUAUUCCUACAAAUGUCAUUUCUAUUACUGAUGGCCAAAUAUUUUUAGAAUCUGAAUUAUUUUUUAAAGGUAUAAGACCAGCUAUUAACGUUGGUCUUUCUGUAUCUCGUGUUGGUUCUUCUGCUCAAAUUAAAGCUAUGAAACAAGUCUCUGGUUCUUUAAAACUUUUCUUAGCUCAAUAUAGGGAAGUUGCUGCAUUUGCUCAAUUUGGUUCAGAUCUUGAUACUUCUACAAAACUAACAUUAAGUCGUGGUGAACGCUUAACUGAACUUUUGAAACAAGGCCAGUAUUCCCCUAUGCCAGUUGAAGAACAGGUGCCAUUGAUUUAUGCUGGUGUAAAUGGUUUACUUGAUAAAUUACCUGUAGAAAAAAUUGGUGCAUUUGAACAAGCUUUUUUGAUUCAUUUUCGGCAAAAUUUCUCCCAACUUUUAGCGACAAUUAAAAAAGAAGCAAGUCUUUCCAAAGAGACAGAAGAAAAAAUUCGGACAGCUAUUCAAGAAUUUCUAAAAACAUUUGUUUAA